AUGGAGUGGGAUCCGACCCAGUUCUUCCGGAGCGACAAGGACCGCCCCCCGCGGAUUCCCUACGCAAUCCUGGUGCUGAACCAGCCCAUCAACCAGCGCGCCUUUGUUGCCAUCAGAAGGCACGCUUGCUUUAUCGUGUGCGCUGACGGUGGUGCCAAUCGAUACUAUGAUUUGAUGAAGGCUCGGGGGAAGUUGGAUACAGAUCUACCGUCCGCCAUCGUGGGAGACCUCGAUUCUAUCCAACCUCACGUCCGCAAACACUACGAAGACCGGGGCGUCCCGGUCGUGCAUGACCCAGAUCAGGACUCGACCGAUUUCACCAAAUGCCUCAAGUAUCUCCGAGCUCAUGCAGCUGAGAUCGUCAUAAAAUGCAGACCCCCAGCCCAGGGUGGUGAUAUGUCCCUGAAAGAAGGGCAACAGCAGCAAGGGCAACAGCAGCAACGAAAACGCGCCCGUCUCGACGUGCUCAUCCUCGGCGGUCUCGGGGGACGCGUCGACCAGGCCUUCUCCCAGAUCCAUCACCUGUACGCCAUGACGCAGAAUCAACAACAAGGAGAAGAAGACGGAGAACCCAGCCAGGAGGAAGAAGACGAGGACAACAGCCGGAAGCAAAAUGACCUAUACCUGAUCUCGGAAGAAAGCAUCUCCUUCGUCCUGCAACCAGGGAAAAACACCAUCUACACGCCGGGGACGAAUCGCCCGGGUGUGGAAGUCCCUCCCCCGACAGCCGGCGGAUCACCACCUCCACCACCGCCGCCGCAUCAGGCCCUGCCAGAGGAAGAAUCCACCACGCCGGCGAACAAGAUCUGCGCGUACGACGACUACUACCUCGAGGAGAACGUGGGCAUCAUCCCGCUCUGCGGACCCAGCGAGAUCACCCUGCGCGGCUUCGAGUGGGAUGUCACCAACUGGCGCACCGAGAUCGGAGGGCAGAUCAGCACGAGCAACCACAUCCGCGCGGACGUCGUGCAGGUCGAGACUAACCGGCCGGUGCUGUUUACCGUGGAGUUGGCGAGUCGGUUUAAAGUGGGUGGGAGAGCGAGAUAA